ACACCCCAGCAGCUGAGCUCAGCUCGGCACCCCCCCUCAGCUGGGCCACCGCGGGCCAGGAGUGUUUCCGCCAUCGGGCUUCGCAGCCGCGACCACCCAGCUCCCGCCCCCGCGGCUGAAAUUCUGGCUGCCGCUUCGGCGCCUCUGCCCGUCGCGGCCACUGCUUGCUUUUCCCCGGGCGGAGGCAAAGGCCCGUGGAAGCGAGGUCUGGAAGGGCGGCGGGGCUGGCCGCUGAGCGGGCGAGGAGACGCCUUGCGAAGGCCCCCGAACUGUCCGGGCCGGCCCACCGCAGGCCGCGGCUGCCGAAGGCGAGCUGCAGCGCCCCGCUCGUCCGCGGCCAGAGAGGGCUCGGCUCCCCCUUCCGACGGUCGGAGAGGGCGGUUCAGGAAGCGGCGGCGGCGGCGGCUCCUCCCCGGCCCCGCUCGACUCUCGGCUGCCACCAGCUCGGCGCCCUAUAAAGAGCCAGCCGCGGCCGGCCCCGCACCGGCCCGAUGGAGAAGCGCGCGGGCGAGGCGGCGGAGGACGAAGGGGGGACGACGGGGAGAAGGCGGGCGGGACGAAAAGCCUGGUGCCGGGUGUGAACGGGAGGAGGAUGAACCUGAGCAGCCUGCCCGGCGCGCCCGCAGGCUUCCCUGGCUGGAGUGAGCCGUCCGGGCCACAGGAGGAGCCCGGGGGCAGCUGCGCCCUCGAAAGCGGCUAUCUCAGCCUGAAGGGCCCCGGCCCAGAAGCGGCCGAGGCGGACCCCGAGCAGGGGCGCUCCUUGCGGCCGGAUCGCGCGGAGGUGCAGCUGAAGGUGGACUUCUUCCGCAAGCUGGGCUACUCCUCGGAGGAGAUCUCGGUCGUGCUCCAGAAGCACGGCUUCAGUGCGGACACCAACACGGUCCUGGGCGAGCUGGUCAAGCAGGGCAUGGCCGUCGGGGAGAAGGACUCUGCGGACGCACCCCAGGAGGCCUUGGAGACGCCGCUGGUUCCCCGGGGAGGCUCAGCCCACAAGAGCCCCACGCGGGCUGCGCCUCCGGAGGGGAAGGAGGGGGAGAACCUGCGGCCGAUCGUCAUAGAUGGAAGCAAUGUGGCCAUGAGCCACGGGGACAAAGAUGUUUUCUCCUGCCGGGGUAUCCUGCUGGCUGUGAACUGGUUUCUUGACCAAGGACAUGCAGACAUCACGGUCUUUGUGCCAUCCUGGAGAAAAGAGCAACCGAGGCCAGACGUCCCCAUCGCAGACCAGCAUAUCCUCCACGACCUUGAGAAGAAGAAGAUCGUUGUCUUCACGCCUUCGCGGCGGGUGGGGGGCAAGCGGGUGGUCUGCUAUGAUGACCGUUUCAUUGUGAAGCUGGCCUAUGAGUCGGACGGCAUCGUUGUUUCUAAUGACGUCUACCGAGACUUGCAGUUGGAGCGGCCUGAGUGGAAAAAGUUCAUUGAAGAACGCCUGCUGAUGUAUUCGUUUGUCAGUGACAAGUUCAUGCUGCCCGAUGACCCCCUUGGCCGUCAUGGACCCAGCCUGGACAACUUUCUGAGGAAGAAGGCAGUGGUGCCCGAACAGAAGAAGCAGCAGUGCCCUUAUGGUAAGAAAUGCACCUACGGGAUCAAGUGCAAGUUUUACCACCCUGAGCGGCUCAACCCGCUGCAGCGCUCUGUUGCCGACGAGCUCCGCGCCAAUGCCAGGCUGUCUCCAACCAGGAGCACUCCAGCUGCCAGAGAGGAGAGGUUGAGCCGACGGCCUUCCCAGGCAGGACUCCUGAGCUCUCUGCCCCCCGAGAGCGAGAAGAUCCCCUUGCAGAAGGCUCCCAUGGAGAAGAGCCAUAAAGCCAAGCACAGAGAGGUGCCCCCGCUCCUGCUCAAAGGGGUCACCCAUGUGGCUGGCACCCCCGCCAAGAAUGGGGGGACCAGUGGCAGCCUCAGGCCUCCGGAGUGGUACCAGCCGCCUCCCGUGUCUCCCGUCAUGGAUUCCCUUUCUUACGUCUCUCAGGAUCAGUUUGAUUCGGGCAUUGGCUCCCUGGAGAGCCAGCUCUCUGAGAUGUGGCCCAGCCCCUUGGGUGGCCACAGCAAGCACCCCCACCACUGCAGGGGGCAGAGGCCUGUCUAUGAGCUCUCUCCGGACCCCGAGUCCAGCAGCUACAGCCAGCCUCAGCCCCAGAGCUACUGCAAACCCACCUUGGGAUCUGGCUCCAGCACCAGCUUCUUGCCUUACAGUCCAGACCUGCCCUCUGGCAGGGUAGUUCCUCACUCCCUUCCAGGGUACAGCAUCCCUGCCGACUCGAGGGUUUCUCUGGGGCCAAGAGCCAAGUACUGGUCUGAGCCCUACCAGCCUGCAGCACCCAGGGAUGUGCCAAGAGCCCACCAGCUGGCCUGCAGUGAGGCCUCCUGCCCAUGGCCUUCACCAGACCGCUUUGCCGAGGAGCGGGCAAAUGUGCACGUCCGGCUGUGUGGGAUCUUCCACCCUCACCUGGUGGAUGCAGUCAUGCGCCGCUUCCCACAACUUCUGGACCCCCAGCAGCUCGCUGCUGAGAUCCUCACCUACAAGUCACAAAAUCCUGGGGUGUAAAGCGGAGAGAGAGCAAGUCCUGUUCUCCUGGGCAGGCGGCAGGAAAGGUCCCAUAAGCUCCCAUCUCGAGCUCCAGUUUAACAUGAAAGGUCUCAAUAGGCCAGUGGCCACUUAGGAUGGGUAGGGACCACCACCACCACCAUGCCUUUCUGGGACAGGUGGCUCUUCACUUAAGAAGCGGGAUUUUGGCUCCUAGGACACCCUGAUGAACAUCUCACAGGAACCCUUGUCCAGUCAGCAGGUUCCUCUGACUCCUCAUCACACAUGGAGCCCUGCCCUGCGCCCAGCGUCAGCGGCUCCAUCCAGCACAAGACAGUCACAUGAUGCAACUGCCCUGCUGAAGUGAAGCCAGUCUGGGUCCAUUUAGUGGCUGGAUGGGAGAAUCUCAUGUAUGUUGCCUUGAUUCCGCAAUGGAGAAAGGGGGGGGGAAUAUAAAUUUAUUUAAGGAAAUAAAGAACAGGCCCUUUCCUUAUAAUACCAGAGGUAGGGAACUGAAAUCUAGCUCUGCCAGCAUUGCUGUAACUUUGUUUUAACUCUUGGCUUCCUUUAAUAAGUCAAGGACAACAGCCCCAUGUGGCUGGAUCUUGUGACCCUUUUCUGCUCACCUUGUAUGGUGGGUGGUGUUAAGUGUCAGCUUAAUUUGUUCAAAUCUCAGACUUUGAAUACGUUCUUUCCUACUCUACCACCACCAUCAUCAUCAUCACCACCACUAAGUUCCUCGUGCCCAUGGCCAUGGAGAAAAGAUGGAAAUGUAUAGCUAAAUUUGUCUACCAAGAGACCAGAAGACCGAGGGGUGGAAGAGGGACUUGGUGGCUGCUCCGUACCUGGGAAAACCUCCAUUAUCCUUCUUUUAUUUCUCCUUCUGGCUUGGCUAUCCAGCUUCCACUUCCUUGAUUCUUGUCUGAUGUUCCACAUACCUGGAAUUGUACCAGGCAAAGCAUAAUGUUUGGAGCUGAGCAGAGGACUCAUUGUUCACUUUUUUAAAGUCAUUUUAUUCUGGAGCCAUAAAAUCUGAAAUCUCAGAAGCUGCUAGAGGGGAGAUCGCUUCCUAACUACUACCUAUUUCGUGUAAUAUAUUCCUAGUUGAGUUUGGGGUUUUUUCUGCAGAAUUUGGAUCACCAGAGAAUAUUAUGCUCUUCCCCUUCAUCUAAGCUCAAAGGCCAGGUUCACCACUGAAAGGCUUCUGUUGAUCGGCCAGGAGCUUCUUCUGCCCAGAAGUGGGGAGAGGCCUCUCCAGCUGAGAAGAUGCUCGAUGGCACAUUUUGGCAGUGGUGACCCUGGCAAAAAGGAGUUACAGGCUCUUUCUGGCUUUCCCAUAACAUUGCUAUGAUUAAAAAACCUCUUUGUAUUUUGUGUACUCCAGAACGUAGGUAUUUUAAGACUAAUUGUCUUGCAAGAUUUAUUGAUGUAGGGAACUGGAAUGCCUUGUGGAGCUGAGCUCUCACAGCUUACAAAGGGCCACUCUACUUAACUUCAGACUUUCUCCAGUGCUGUAGAAAGGCACAUCUCUAAGUGUGGGGAGAGACUGUAUGUAGUUUGUUACUCCUCUAGUGGCUCAGUCUUGGUGACUGGUAAGUCCGAUAUUAACUGUUAUAGAUACCUUCGGUAAUGAAUUUAUAGCAAUUGAUACUGGUUCCUGCUCUUUUUAAAAAGUGUGUGAUUCACUUGCAGGCCAGGAGCAGUUGAUCUGUUGAUGCAUAUUGUAUCCCUCUGUAUACGUUAUGUAUUCUCCUGUGUGGUCCAUCGAGUGGUUUAAGCUGAGACCAUCCCUAGUGAUAGGUGGUUGAGGGAAAAGUGAGGCACGAGCCCCAUGGGCGCUUUGGAGGGCUGCUGUGAGCGGCUUCUUCCUUCUCACAUGCGCCAGAGGGACGGAUCAGCCCAGCUAGCACUGUGUGCUGCAGGAACCACCCGGACCCAGAAAACCCUGUAUGCCUGGUUAUUAUGACAACAUCACAGAACUGUGAUGUUUCAUGUUAGUAAGCAAAAUGCUUUUUAACAAUUGUUUGUAGUCUUAUAACGUUACACAUUUUGUAAAUUACAUGAGAGAUGGUUUUUAAUGAGAUAGGAUCCCUUGAUGAUGAUGCUUUUCCUUUCCUCUGCAUGAUCAGGGUUGCUGUCUCAUACUCAGAGGCAGAUUAUUUUAAAUUACCUGGAUCAGUGAACACUUUGGAACUUGCUGUAUCUCUUUCUGAAGCAAUAAUUACUGACUGUGUUGCACCAAUUAAAGGCCCUGGUUCCUCAGGUUGCUCUUGUC